AUGAACCCAUGUCAGAUCGUCGAGUUGAACGUCGGUGGACAGGGCUAUACCACAAGCCGGGACUGCCUACUCCAAGAUCCCGACUCCCAUUUGGCCAGUUGGUUCACCGACGAAACCGUCUGCCAGUUGCCCCGCGACGGACAAGGUCGUGUUUUCAUUGACCGUGACGGUCUCCUCUUUCGCUACAUCCUCGACUAUCUGCGUCAGAUAAAGGCGAAUCGAGCCGCAUCUGCCAGUCCUCCUGGCACAGGCACCGGUUCCGGUCUCGUCGGUCGCCAGUCAUGCUCCGGCGGAAGUAGAACUGACGAAAUGUCCUGCAAUGCGGAACUAGUCGCGUCCGGAGGUGGAGCGGACGUCGAUGGUACAGUCAGCCUCGAAGCCAACCAGUCAGGCGUCCAGUCGUCCACCGGAUUGUGUGUUUCGUCGUCCUCUUCUCCACUCCGUUGUCAUGACAACUCACAGGCUAAGAUGUGUCUAUCGCCCAGCUGGCGCUUGAGCACUGCUCAGGUCUGUUCAACAGCUCAUCUGCCUUUUCAUCGUGUCCUGCUGCCCGACGGCUUCACGGAGCGUGCUCGACUUCGUGAAGAGGCGGCGUUUUACGGCCUGGCCGGUCUUGUCGACUGGCUUGACUCCAGUUCGCCGCAUGGUUACAGCACAAGGGCGGCUCGAGGCAGCCCGGCCAGCACAAUUACACUCACGUAUCGUGGCAGUCUGGCGUCCGGUCGUGACGGACUGGCAGACAUUAAAUUUCGCAAAUUGACACGCAUCCUCGUCUGUGGCAAAGGCUCAUGUUGCCGAGAGGUGUUCGGUGAAAGUCUAAACGACAGUCGUGACCCCGACCACGGCGGAGCUGUGGAGGAUCGCUACUCGAGUCGUUACUUUCUGAAGCAUUCCGUGCUCGAGUUGGCUUUCGACUGCCUCCUGGAGGCCGGUUACCGG